UUGCCACGUGGCGCACGCCCCCUCCGAGGAACGUGAACUGCGCCCCUCCCCUCAGCCGCGCCAGUUGCGCAUGCGCAGACCGCCAACCAUGGCGCAUCGAGAGCGGGCUGCACCCCCCCACACCAUGGAGGCGACCGGGUUCCUGGAGCGCAUGGGGCGGAGCGCCGUGGGCACCGCCGUGGGCGCGCUGCUGCUGCUGGGCGCCGUCUUCCUCCUCGUCACCAACGAGGGACGCGCCGUGAAGACUGCCGCUGCUCUGGACGAGGGUCUGGCCAUUGUGAAAAGCCUCCCGCAGGCCCUGGGCUCGGUGGCGAGCGAGUUCGACGGGCAGCUUGUCCACCUGUCCGGGCCGAUUCGUACGGAGAAGCCACUGUACGACCCCAACUACGGCGUUCGCGUGCACGCCGUGAAGCUGCGGCGCCACGUGGAGAUGUACCAGUGGGUGGAGCACGACGACAGCAGGGAGUACAAGGAGGGGAGCGAGGUGAAACGAGAAGCCAGGUACUCGUAUGACACAGAGUGGCGCAGCGACGUGGUCAACAGCCGCAACUUCGACAAAGAGUUUGGCCACCAGAACCCCAGCAUCAUGGCGGUGGAGAGCCUCACGGCCGUGGCCUCAGACGCGCGCGUGGGCCGGCUCCUCCUCUCUGCAGAACUCCUGGAGAAGAUCACCUGGUUCCGGCCCAUAGCCCUGCUCGGGAUGAGUCCGCCCAAUGCCGACACGGAGAUCCACGACAAUCACUUUUACCACCGCUACCACCCGGGCCAGUACGCGCAGGUGGGCGACCUCCGCGUGUCCUUUUCCUCUGCCGGCUCGAGUGGAGAGGAUGGUGAGGAGGUGUCCAUCAUCGCCAAGCAGCUAGGCGAGCAGCUGGUGGCUCACGCAACAAAGUCUGGGAGCUCCCUGGCUCUCCUCCACCCGGGCCGAUUCUCUGCCCAGGAGCUGUUUGAACUGGAGCACCACAGCAACCGGCAGCUGAGCUGGGCACUGCGUGUCGCCGGCCUGCUUCUCAUGUACGUGGCUAUCAGGCUCAUGGUCAACAUCGUCCACACGCUCGUGGAUUGGCUGCCGCUGGUGCGUGACCUCGUGAACCUUGGCCUGUCGGUGUUUGCGGCAAUCGGCGCCGUGUCGCUCUCGGUGACCGUCGUUGCGCUCAGCUGGCUGGCCUACCACCCCGCACACGCCGCGUUACUGCUGCUGGCGGCCGUCACAGUCGUGAUGGUGCCUUGGAGGCUCGUGCGGCCGCAAGCCAGGCCCGCGCAAGCAAUGCGCUCAAAGAAAGAGUAGCGCUAUCACCAAUGUGCACGAUGGGGUGGGCGGUCCGCGUCUCUGCUGCCUUCAAAUGCGCGUUCACUCCACUCGCUGUGCAGCAGGGUGGUGGCGCCUGUGGUGAUGCUUGUGGCCACACUGCAAGUUGCGCCUGGGUUUGACUUUGGCGCCUCUGUCUUGAAUUUGGUUUCCUGGCAUUGGCCAAACAUCCCAAUGCUAAAAGAUUACCUACAAAUUCCUGAAUUGG